AACAACCGCUCUCCUUCCCCACUAUCCCGUUUCACUUCGCUCCCCCUUUAUAACUAACAGUCUCCCGCACACUUCUCGGCGACCAAACCGUCCAUUUCCCGAUCACCGAUCCCCCCUCGUUGUCUCCUCUCAGGCGUCGUCUCCGCUGAUGGACAACCGGAAGCUCACCUCCCUCCUCCUCUGCCUCCUCGUCGCGUCUCCGUUUUCGUCCGCGCUUCUGCUCGACCCCCGGUUCGCGGGGUCCCACUUCCCGUCGGUUCACGCCGAGAAGCUCAUCAGGCAGCUCAACCUUUCCCCCAAGGAGGACCUCAACGUCGUGAAGGGCGGCGAUGGCAGCUCUGGUCUCGCCGGCGGGAAGAGGAUCGCGGAGAGGAAGCUGAGGUUUCCUAACUUUGGGGUCGGAUCGGGGUUCUCCGUCGACGAUUUAGGGCAUCAUGCUGGCUACUACAAGCUCGAUCAUUCUCACGACGCGAGGUUGUUCUACUUUUUCUUUGAAUCGAGGAAUAGCAAGAACGACCCUAUUGUCAUUUGGCUCACUGGAGGACCAGGAUGCAGCAGUGAAUUGGCUAUGUUCUACGAAAAUGGUCCAUUUGCUAUAGCAGAUAACAUGACUCUAGUGUGGAAUGAGCAUGGUUGGGACAAGGCUUCGAACCUACUCUAUGUUGAUCAACCAGUUGGUACUGGGUUCAGCUAUACUUCUGACAGGCGCGACAUCCGUCACAACGAAGAUGGUGUUAGCAAUGACUUGUAUGAUUUCUUACAGGCCUUCUUUGCCGAGCAUCCUGAGUUCGCCAAGAACGACUUCUACAUAACAGGUGAAUCAUAUGCUGGGCACUAUAUUCCUGCUUUUGCUGCGAGGGUCCACAGAGGAAACAAAGCUAAAGAAGGAAUUCAUAUUAACCUAAAGGGAUUUGCAAUCGGUAACGGCCUUACUGAUCCAGCUAUACAGUAUAAAGCUUACACCGACUAUGCAUUGGACAUGGGAAUCAUCAAGCAAGCUCAGUAUAAUCGUAUCAACAAGAUUGUUCCCGUGUGCGAAACAGCUAUCAAGCUUUGUGGCACGGAUGGAACCCUCUCUUGCAUGGCUUCAUAUUUUGUUUGCAACACCAUUUUCAGCAGCAUAAUGGCUCUGGCCGGUGACACCAAUUAUUAUGACAUCAGGAAGAAGUGUGAGGGCAGCCUAUGCUAUGAUUUCUCAAACAUGGAGAAGUUCCUGAGCCAGAAAUCUGUCAGGGAGGCACUUGGUGUUGGGGACAUUGACUUUGUGUCAUGCAGCCCCACUGUUUAUCAGGCCAUGCUUGUGGAUUGGAUGAGGAACCUUGAAGUCGGCAUUCCCACCCUUCUCGAGGAUGGAAUUAAGUUGCUUGUUUACGCUGGAGAAUACGACCUCAUCUGCAACUGGCUUGGAAACUCGAGGUGGGUCCAUGCCAUGGAAUGGUCUGGUAAGAAGAAGUUUGUGGACUCGUCUGAAGUAACCUUUGAGGUUGAUGGCGUCGAAGCUGGAGUCCUGAAGAGCUAUGGUCCUCUCAGCUUCAUGAAGGUUCAUGAUGCGGGUCACAUGGUCCCCAUGGACCAGCCCAAGGCUUCUCUGGAGAUGCUGAAGCAGUGGACUCAGGGCAAGCUCUCGACAACCGCAACUGAAGAAGAGAACUCGGUGGCUGAGAUGUGAUCUGCUUCCAUUUUUCCUCAAUUCUCUCGAUUAUACAACGUGCUUUGUAAAUAUGUUCUGCAGAAUCCAAGAUACUGAUGCGAGAACCUGAAAGAAGAUGUGAUGAUAUUUGUAACUGCAGAUGAAAGACAUCAUGUUUAAUAGGUGGAUGCUUCUCGUUUAUAUAAUCGGAUUACUGGAUACCGUUAACUCAUCUUUUAUCUGAUGGUAGUUUUUGCUAUUA